AGGGUGCCCACGCCGCCCGGAGGCGCGCACGCCUAGCCCUCGCCCCCUCGAAAUCAUAUUUACAGUGAGAGGUACCCCCCCUCCUGUGACAUUUUCUGCAAAUCGGAAGAAAAUGAAGUGUAAGUCUAGCUUUGCCGCAGGCAGCCCUCGACUCCCGCUUUCAGAAUGGGAGCCCUGGAGAGGGAUGCGCUGUCCGCGGCGAUGCUAAAUCCCCAGGGAACGCACUGCCCCCUCCCAGGCAAGCGCCCGGGGACUAGCCGCCCCGCCCCGAAAGGACGAAGAACUAGCGAGGCCUACGUCCAGUUCUGCGCUGGGCGCGGGUGCGCUCGGAUUGCGGCGGGUCAUCCGCCCCGUCGCGGGUUCAAGUGCGUUCCCGCCCUAGACACCACCGCUCUGCGAGUGAGUUCUUCCCUGCCCAGCCCCGUUCCCGGGUUCAGAGUGCCCCACUACCCUGGGGACCUCUCCCCCGCCUCCCCGCCGCGCUGGGCCGCCCGCUCGGGUCUCGAAUCCCGGCGCCAACGCGCGCCGCGCUGCCACAAUCUAGACCCAACUCUUCCUCCGCCGGGGCCCACGCCUGAGGGUCUCCUCCGAGCCCAGCGUAGAAGUUCCGCCGGGAAAAGAAGUCUGGCUUCCUCUCCACGCUGCUCCAAGUGGACUCGGGAAUCGGCAGGAAGUGGCUCGAGCUGCGCCUUUGCCGACCGCCCUUGCUUUACUCAAGAAAUGCAGCUUCCACCCAAGUCUUGUCUCCCCCUUCCCCCGAAAGCCCCGCGCAGCUGCCUGGCCAGACUACUUCUCUUCCUCCUUUGCCUUUGACUGGGGUCAUGUGACAAGUUUCACCAAUGGAAAGUGAACGGAAGUAGGAUUUCUGAGAAGUGAUUGUGCCUUCUCCACUACCUCCUAGGGCUGGAAAUGAUUCUGAAGACGUAGAGAAAGGCCAAGCCUCGAGAGAGAAGCCUGAAGCCUUUAUCACCACAUGGAGAAAGGGCUCUCACAGAUAAGGCACAUCUGCUUUGGAUUGUUCUCUGAGUGAGAAAUAAACUUCUU